UUUUUAGCUUUUUUUAAGUUAUUACCAAUUAUGUGCUCAGAAAACAGUCCUCCACGUUUAUCAUUGUCAAACGAUGAUGUUGCUCAACUACAUGUUUUACCUAUGAAACAAAAUUCUCAACAAGUUCCUUGCAAGAACACAACAACAAUGUUGCUUAACAAUGAUGAUGAUGAUGAUGACUCAAAUUCUGAAUUUGAGUUCCUUACAACAAGCAACAACAUCUUUGAGUUUGAAUCAUCUUCUGCUGAUGAACUCUUCUCCAAUUCAGAUUCAAGAGAGAAAAACCGCCACAAACAAUGCUGCUAGAAAACACAUGAUCAACCUUCAACAUCAUACAAAGCUUCUUCCUCCAAGACCAUCUUCUUCUUUUCAUACAGGUGCCGAUAAAAUGAAGAAAGAAACCAUUAUUAGAGAACUCUUAGAGUUGAGUUGUUGUGAAGAAUAUGAAGAGAAGAAGAACAGCAAGAAAAAGAAGAAGCACCCUCAUUGUUCUUCAUCAUCAUCAUUCUGGGGAUUCAGUAGAAGCAAGAGUCUAAAUUGUGAAACAAAGAAAAGCUUGAUUUGUUCUUUGCCUCUUUUGUCAAGAAGCAAUUCAACCGGUUCUGUGAAGAAUAAUCAAAAGAGAAUGAGCUCACUCAACAACAAAUCAUCAUCAUCAUCAUCAGAUUCUUGGUCAUGUUCUAGCUUAAACUACCUCUUUCCUGUGCAAAAAUCUGCAGCUUCAGGUAAGAUUUAUGGCCAUGGUGGUAGUAUUAGGAUUAGCCCUGUUUUGAAUGUACCAACUCCUUAUGUUUCCAAAGGGAGUUCAAAUCUAUUUGGGUUUGGUUCCUUUUUUAGUGUUGGAAAGGUUAAGAAGAACAACAAGUGACUUACUUAU